GUAUAUAUCUCUCUCUAUCGAUCGGCGUGAACAUUAGGGUUUUGAUUCCGGCGAGAAUAGUGUAACGUGACGGCGGCUUCAUCAUCAUCGGUUGUGAGGAAGUAGUUGAGCAAUGGGGAAAAGGAAGUCGUCGGCAAAGCCAGCUCCUAAGAAGCGGAUGGACAAGCUUGACACUGUCUUCAGCUGUCCCUUCUGUGGCCACGGCUCCAGUGUCGAAUGCCGCCUUGAUAUGAAGAACCUGAUUGGGGAAGCCAAUUGCAGAAUAUGCCAAGAACACUUCAGCACAACUGUUAACGCUUUGUCUGAAGCAAUAGACAUCUACAGUGAAUGGAUCGAUGAAUGUGAACGGGUUAACCAUCUCGAAGAUGAGGGUGAUGCUUAAAAGAAGAAAUCCUCUGAUGCCUAGCAAGCCAGGAUAUGAUAUUACCAUUACCUACUAGUUUCCAAGCUUAUUAUGCCGCAGCUUUGUAUUUGUCCUUGUUUUGAAUAAUGCUGUCAAGAAUCAAGAUGUUGAAACGUUACAAUUUUGACAUGCUUGUCAUGCUUUCAAUUUCACUUAUCCAAUCAUUCCAAUGCAC